AUGUCAGACACAAUCUGUCUCACUCACGUCCGUGCUCUAGUUGCACUCCCGGAGAAGCUGCCAAUGGGUACGGCACUGUCGCGACUAUGCCCGUGCUGUUUCAGCUCGCCGGCGACACCGGCUGCUACUACCACUGAGCGCAGCACCUCUACUACUUCGGACAAGACGCAACCCGAACGACCCACCAAGAGGCACUGGGUGGAUGAGAAGGGCAACAGCUGCUUCAUGCUGCUCCCUCGAGGUCUGUCCAUCGCCUGGGCGGAGAACCCCAGUUACUGGGCCUGGCUGCCCCCACCCCCGGGAGAAGGAAGCGCCGGCGACGCUGCGGGAGAGGAGGUGGCGGAGCUAAAGAACGUGUGGUCGCUGGAGGUCCACGGGAAGCUGGAGCUGUCGCAGCUCACGCCGGGGGCCACCUACGAGGUUGCCUUCGAGGUGAUGCUCAAGCAGGGGUGCGGCGGGUGGCAGGUGCCCGUCGACCUCCAGCUCGAGCUCCCCGGGGCGAGGGCCCAGGAGCGCAAGGAGAGCCUAGAGAAGAAGGCCAGGGGCCAGUGGCUGCCGCUCAAGGUAGGGGAUGUUGAGGUGGAGAAGGGGCAGCAGGGUGGGGAGCUUGUGGUCACCCUGUCUCAGGACGGUGGGCACUGGAAGAGUGGGCUGGUCGUCAGGGGCAUCAGGAUCGCCCCAAAAACGUGA